AUGUCUGCUCUUCGCAACAGCCGGACUGCCUCCGUGCAGGUCCGCGGAUUUGCUACCUCCUCCAGCCUUCGAGUCGGACCCGAAUCCCCUCAUUUCAUCGAUGUCCCCAAGAUCGUUCAACCCACAAACCCCACCCGGCCUCAUGUUCGUGGUACGCUACCCGUGCCCCGUGAAAUCUUCCCAGCCCGCCGGACAGACAAGCCCAAGAAAGCAUACCUCGAUGCCGCCACACCCGCCCCCAAGUCCGAGCGGGAAGUGAACCCCUUCAGCAGUGCACCCGAAAAGCAGGAAUGGAGGUUCCAGAUGGCGGAGCUGCGCCGACAAAACCUGCGCGAGGGUCUCCGGGACCUGUACUCGCGCAAGCGUUCCGCAGAAGGAAGGAUGGUCAGCCGCAGUCGUGAGAACCAGGACCGACGAGAGCGCAUUCUCCAACAACCCGAGCGUGAAGACGAGCGUCUUACUCGUCCCUCGACCAUCGCGGCCAUGUUGCCUCAGAAGCAGCCGGUUCUGCCUGACCCCAACCGCGAGGAGCGCCUUGCGCUUUCUCAAGCCCGCUUGGCAGCCAAGAAGGCCCAGAAAGAGGCUAUUCGCAAAGCGGACCUCCAAGAAUUGUAUAUGAAUGCUCGCUCUUUCAUCACCACUGAGGAGCAACUUGCCGCUGAGAUCGACCGCGUCUUCCCCGAGGGCGAGAACAAGGCUUGGCGCAACGACCACCAGCCCGGUGAGAACGUCUGGAACCUGGGCAACCCUCCCACUGUCAACAGCCUUGUCAACCAGACCCACAGAAAUGAGGGUGCCCGCUGGGACAUCAUGCAGGAGCGUGUCAAGCAGCUCGGAGAGCAAAUCACCGGUGGUAAGAUUUGA